AUGGAGGGGUCGACUGGAAGAGGAAGGCGGGCAUCAAGCCGUAUCCAAAAGCUCGUCGAGGAACCUGUAGUUCCAGGCACACAAGAGGAAUCUGAUAUCCCUUCCGAAGUCGUCGAGGAAGCUUCAAAUGUCGAGGAUGCAUUGGAUGAACCUUCAGAACCGAAAGCGGUUCUCCCAUCGGAAGAUUCUUCCAUGGAGACUAGUCCCUAUUUCGCGGAGUCGACACCGCAAACAUCUACUCGGCGCCUUAGGCCCAGGACAUUUCGCAGUCCAAUAAAGGUACCACCAUUACUACUGAGUAGAAGAGUAACACGUAGCGCUUCUACAACUACCCCUCGUGCACGGAAACAAGACGAGAUGGCGACCACAAAUGAAGAAACGCCUCAAAAGUCGAAAAGUGAUAAAUCUUUAAAAACCCCUAAGACCGCUUCAUCGAAGAAACCACCAAAGGAGAACUCUGAAAAGUCUCCAAAGGACGCCUCAAAACCAUCAUCAAAGACCCCGGCCAAGACUCCAGCUAAGGUUUUAGCUAAAGCUGCAGCUAAAACGCCAUCAACAACGGCAAAGACUCCAGCAAAGACUCCAGCAAAGACGACGGAGCCGACAUCAUCUGAGAACCCUACCAAAAGUUCCACUCGCAAAUCAAAUGCUUCUACUGCCACUGGUAGCGAGCCAGAUCUAAUCCUGAAGUACGGAGAGAAUUUUGACUGGGAAGAGUACGCCAAAUUUUGCAUGCGACGAACCCGGUUGCCUACAGACCCAUCUGUUACAUCCGUUAUCGAAAAUAUCAAGCUUUACGGAAACUGGAAAGGCGAAAAUCAAAAGUCAUCAGGAAAAGCUUCUGGUGCCUCGAAGAAAAAACAGAGCGUCGCAGAAUCAUCCACCGCGGCUGCAAGUGAGCCCAAAGAGGAGAAAAAGCGCACUAAGGAGGAAAGAAAGGUCGAAAGGGAACUGAAAAAACAGCGUAGGGAGGAGCGAAGGCGUAGAAAGGAAGAAAAGAAGAGUAAAAAGGAGCGUGAGGGGGAAACGAAAAAGAAGCAUAAACACAAGAAGAAAUCUCAGGAAGAAGAAGAAGACAAAGACGCAGGGACAGACGCUUCAUCUGAAGGUGCAACUCCAAGAGACCAACAAUCUUCGUCCAGCCCUGAGGCCAGUGGGAAUACAAGUGCCGAUUCUGCCCAGCCAACUAAAUCUCGAAAACGGAAAUCAGACGAUUCGGAAACUCCAAAGCCCAAGAAAGCCAGGAAAGCAGACCCAGAAGCCGUUGAUGCUGAAAGCACAGCUGCUGUUGAAGAACCUAAAUCAACGACCAAACAGAGGAAAUCUCCAGCCAAGCAGGAUAUCCCAAGCACAGCGCUAGAGACAGUUUCCGAAAGUGUUUUGAACCUUGGAUCGAGCUCACCUUCCAAACGAGCUCCAGCGGGCACCUCAGUCAUCGUUCCACCACCUGUCGACGCGGUUAGCUUUGGGCUAAUCCAAGAAGAGGUCUGCCACAAUCCUUACUAUCUUUUAAUCGCAACUGUUUUUCUCCAAAAGACUAAGGGUUCUUCAGCCAUACCUGUUUUUCGAGAGUUUCUUAGGCGCUGGCCCACCCCACAAGAUCUUCUUGCCAGUUCCAUGGAUCAAGUAAAAGAAUUGUUUAACCCCCUCGGUUUACAUACUGUUAGGGCAAAGACUGUAUGGAUGAUGGCACACCAUUUUCAUCUGCUAGAUCCCUACAAAAAGCCUCGUGGUCCCCAGUCUUGGAAAGUUCGAGCGGAUUACAAACCACAAGAUCCAACAGGUCUCAACCGAAAGUGGGGCUGCAUCAUCGGAGACGUCUACGGGUGUGGCACCUAUGUUAUCGACAGCUGGCGAAUAUUCUGCAUGAAACCUGGUGAAGGGGGCUUCAUUGAUGGCACCACAGUGGGAAAGCCUCAAAAACGUAAAACGGUUUAUGACGACACGCUUGCCUUACCUGUGGCUGCCUAUCCGAGCGACUUUAACCCUGGGGAUGAGGAGUGGCGGAAGAUCUCUCCGGAUCGCGAGGUGCUUGAUAAGGAACUACAGGCAUAUAUACGGUGGAUGCAUGCGAAAGAUGCGGCUGGGUUCGGUACUGUGAUAUACAAUCCAUGA